GUAUGUCUCGACUGCAGGGAGCGUAAUUUUUGUCUAGUUCGUCGUCGAGCCAAAAUGGCGGCCGCGUUAACUGUCGAACAAGAACAAGCAACAAAGGAAUUUAUAGAGGCAGUUAACAAGUGUCGGGCAGGUCGACGAGCAGGUCCAGUGUCAUGGAGCACAGCCGUAAAGUUCCUAGCUGCUCGAAAAUUUGAAGUUGCUAGAGCUUUAGCACUUUACGAGCAGCAUGAAGCUACCAGGAAACGAGAAGGUUUAGCACUUUUGCAACCCACCCAAGAACCACUUUUAAGCGAACUACGCACAGGAAAAUUUACAGUUUUGCCUUCGAGAGAUGCGACUGGAGCAGCCAUAGCUAUAUUUACAGCACAUUUACAUCUCCCCCAAAAUACCACACAUCAGACUACCUUACAGGGUGUCGUUUAUCAACUUGAUGCCGCACUUGAAAGUACAGAGACACAAAGGCACGGAUUAGUCUUCAUUUACGAUAUGUCUGACAGUAAAUACCAAAAUUUUGAUUACGACUUGUCUCAAAAGAUUCUCACACUGUUAAAGGGUGGUUAUCCAGCAAAAUUGAAGAAAGUACUCAUUGUUACGGCACCAUUGUGGUUCAAGGCACCAUUCAAAAUUCUCCGUUUAUUCGUACGAGAAAAAUUGCGAGACAGAGUUUUUACAGUAUCCAUUCCUCAAUUAACGCUUCAUAUUCCACGAGAAUCGUUGCCACGUCGUUUAGGUGGUUCCUUGGAAAUUCAGCAUGAAGCAUGGCUUCUCCAUUGUUUUAAAUCUAUGACGAAUCGGGGAGGGGGUGAACUUUGCGAGGUUACCCCGCGGGCGGGUACACCUCUUUCUCCGACGUCAAAGAAUCACACAUUGCAUCAGAGUCCAAAUGGAACUCCAAUUAGCAACCCAACUAGUCCUAUGGCGGAUAAGAACAAAAUCAAAAAUGGUAUGGCAAAUAUUGGAGACAUUGAGAUUACAAAUGGCGACACGUGGAGUGGAAAUGACGAAGCUCCAUCACCAGUUCAGCCUCCGUCCUCAGCCAGUUCAGGUUUUAGCGAUGAUGAUAGUCUUCAUGGCGACUUGGGUCUUCAGGCAGUUAGCAUGGAACAACUCGUCGAGACGAUACAUUCAAGAGGUCGCGCUGGACUCGUAGCAGAGUAUGCUGAAAUUAGACAAAGACCGCCCGAGGGUACAUUCAAUAAUGCCAAGAUUAGAUCGAAUCAAUCAAAGAACAGAUACACAGACGUGUUGUGUUACGAUCAUAGCAGAGUUUGUUUGUCCUUAUUAGAUGGUGAUCCAACGUCUGAUUAUAUUAAUGCAAAUUUUGUUGACGGAUACAAACAAAGAAAUGCAUUUAUCAGUACUCAGGGUCCACUUCCAAAAACGUGCGGUGAUUUUUGGCGAAUGAUCUGGGAGCAACAGACACUCGUCAUCGUCAUGACAACUAGGGUAGUCGAGAGAGGACGUACAAAAUGUGCACAAUAUUGGGGUCCGGAACCUGGAGAUGAAGUAUCAGCAGGUGGCUUCACUGUAACUACCUUGGAGGUAGACACGAAUCCGGAUUACACAAUAUCAAAACUCCUACUCGCCAAUAACAAGACUGAAGAGACAAGAGAAGUUUGUCACAUGUUGUAUACUGCUUGGCCAGAUUAUGGAGUACCUCAGUCAGCAAGGGCUUUAUUACAGUUCCUUUCAUUAGUACGACAGCAACAAAAUUCACUUUUAACUAGUAGAGGCGAUACCUGGGCUGGACAUCCUCGGGGACCCCCUAUUGUUGUACAUUGUAGCGCAGGUAUUGGCAGAACAGGAACAUUUUGUACUUUGGAUAUUUGCAUAUCUCGACUGGAAGACACAAAUACUGUAGAUAUCCGAGGAACAGUUGAAAGAAUUCGAACACAAAGGGCUUACAGUAUUCAAAUGCCAGACCAAUAUGUCUUUUGUCAUCGUGCCCUGGCGGAAUAUGCUCUUUCCAGAGGUAUGCUGAGUCCACAGCAUCUUGCCAUGUUACCACCCACCAUCGAAGAGGACUCCGACUAGGUUUAAUUUUAUUAGAAACACAUUUUUAGAUUGAUAUACUUACCAAUAAUAGGUAUAUUCUUGCAUUUCCCUUCCAUUUUGUCAGGUUUCAAACCAAAUCAUCAUCAGAUAACGAAUGAAAAUAAUAAUAAUAAUGUUAUCGAAUUAAAAUCAUCAGUUUGCUAUCAUCAUCGCCAUUAUAUAUAUAUAUAUAUAAAUGACUUUGAAUAAUAUUUCUCAUGUUCUCCUAAGUCGGCCUGUUAGCUAGGAAAGACGAAAAAAAAAUUCCCGUCAAGCACAAGAUACCGGAAAUAUAUAAGCAGAUGAGAAUUCUCUAUAAUUUUUGGGGAAUUCUCUCUGAUCAUCAAAUGCAAAUCAAUCAAAAUGAAUGGAUCAGUAAGAUGUUUCAGACAAGUUUCUUUUUUUUCUCUAUAAUCCACUAUACAGCCAAACUAAACUUAGAAAUUGAUUAAAUCUUUAUUAAUUUCCAAAAUUAUAUACACAUUUGUAUAUUUCCAGAAGAGGAUUUUUUUCUCUUUUCGUGAGUUUGUAUAUGGAAUUCUCCGCUUCUUGAUGAGAUAUCUUACAAAAGAAGAAAAUAUUUUGAGGAAUGCAGUUUGUUGAGCUUGACCCAAAAAAAAAGUGACGAAUUUAAAAAAGACUAAACUUUAAGGAAUUUAAAGGCUAAUUUAAGUAGCGUUUUCUUAAAAAACGAACACGAGAGAAUUUCUUUUGUAAAGAAAUUUAAUUUCAAUUUUUCAAGUUUUUCAAUUAUCAAAAUGCUUAAGCAUCAGAGAGGAUAAGAAAAAAAAAUUCUUUUUUUAAAAAAGACAAAAACAAAAGGAAUAAUUAAUAAUUACAAUAAGCACCAAUUUUUAAAGAGCUAGGCGAUUGAUGAUAAACCAGAUAGGCAUUUUUGGGUAACCAAAGAUUACUUUCUAUUCUGCCAUAGAGAUCAAAACUUGCCAAUGAUAAAAUGUAUUGGUCCUAAAUGAUGUUAUCUUCCAAGGACUUGAAAUCAAGAAUCACUUUGACAUUUUUUUAAUUUAGAAUUUUAGACAUACAUCAAAAAAUAAAAAAAAAAAAGAAGAAGAAAAAGUCAGGACAAUAUUUGAAAACAGGAGUCCCUCCCUCCCUAAAAAAAUUAUGCAAAUGAAUUUUAAUUUUGCCUAUAAACUCUUUUCUAAUCUAUAGCUUCGAUGUGCCUAUUCAAAUGUCUACCUAGAAACAGUGUUCCUCUUAAAUCCAUUGGAUGUUGAUCAAAGUACACACAGGAGAAAAGCACCAAUGGUAUCAUUAUAUUAAAAAAAAAAUACUACUUUGUCAGUUUGCAAACUCAAAACAAAAAUUCUCUAUAUUAUUAUUAAAUGAUAAUUGUCUACGAAAAACUAAACUUGUUACUGUGUCAUUUUUGGAAAAAUGAAACCCUGUAAUUUAUGAAUAGUCGAUUUUUACUCGAUACGUGUUUAUGAUAAACGCCUUCCCCCUCCCACUCUAUCAGAUGUGCUAGAACCUGUGAUUUAAAAGAAAAAAAAAAAAAAAAAAAAAAAAAACAUCCAAUUGUACUUUGGAAAUUUUACACGAAGUUUUUACUUGCAGAAGCUUUCUUGACUGAUACCUUUAGAGAAAAAAAAAUUACUUUGUAAAUGUGAUUAUCAAGCCUGCAGAUUUUAAUUUCUAUUCAUUUUUUAAUGAAUUUUUAUUUAUAUUACAUGUUUUUUUUUAUAUUAAAUUUUAUUUUUUAUUUAAGGUACACAUAUUUUUUAUGUGGAUAAUGCAAUAUUUUGAAUACUUUUGAUCAAAAUAGAGCAAUUUUUAUGAAAUCUGAAUAUUAUCGAUAAAGUUUUAAUACUUUUUUUAAACUCUAUUUUUAAUGAAAUUAGAGUACUAACACUGAAAUCUGAGUAUUUUUUUAAAUUAGAAUAUUUUUAAUGAAAUUUAUUUCUUCUUAAUCCACAAUGAUUUUUUUUUUAAUUAAAUUUGUAUUCUCUUGUUGAAAUUAUAAUACUUUGGAUAAAAUAAUAAUAAUUAUUAUUAUUAUUUUAAUGAAAUCUGAGUAUACUUGAAAAAAAAGCUGAGUACUUUUGAAUAACUUUUGGGAAAAUAUCACUAUUUGUUUAAAACUUGAAGAUUAUUAUUUUAUUAAAAGUUUUAAGUCCUCUUGAUGAAGUUUCAGUACUUUUAAAAAAAUCUGAGUAAUUUUUAAAAAACAAGAAUAUUUUUGUUCAAAUUUGAAUAUUUUUUUUAAGAAUUUAUCUGCAGACUUGUAAGAAAAAACAAAUCAUAAUGAAUAGUAUACUUUAAAAACAGUAGUAAAUUUAGAAGACAAUGUAGAUUUGUAUUUGCGGGUAAAGAUUUUGCAUAAAACAAUAGAAAUAAAUUUUAUCAAAAAAAAAAAAAAAAAAAAAAAAGCUUCAUUAAUGUUGGAAACUAUUGUCAUACGACUGUAAACUUGAAAUUAACGUUUGUGUUCUUCCAUUCGCUGUUACGCGCGAUAUCUGACUGGUUAUUAUAUAAAAAAUGAUCUGAAAUUGGAGUAAAAAAAAUAUUAUUUUUUAUUAAAUUUGAGCUUUAAAUAUAUAUAUAUAUAUAUAUAUAUAUAUAUAUAUAUCGAAAAAGAAUUAAGAAAAAUAAGCUCAAAUUUGAAAAGAAAUUUUUUUUUCGAUUCUAGUUAGUGAUGCGUCCACAUGUUUGAUACACAAUAUUGAAUUCAAGUUUAAAAAAAUAAAUUAAAUAAACAAUUAUAAUUGAUUGAAUACAAAAUUGUGUGUGAAAUUUUGUCAAAAAAUCAAGUUCUCCGUCUCACGCGAAAAUUUAGCGUAUUGUUAUAAUUAUAAUAAAACAAAAAAACAAAAAAAAACAAACAAAUGUAAUCAUUGUCAUAAAUUAUAAUUUAUUUCCAGUGUGAAGACAUAAAUGUAUGGUGUUGAUAAUAUUGUUGAUGUACAAUGUCAGUGAGGAAUAUCACUCAUGGAUUUUUAAAAUGCAUUUUUAUAUGCAUUUUUAUAUCUUUGUGAUUCGUAAAAUAUUUGUGUUUUGAUAUUCUUAAAAAUAUGAAACUUUCGAAAAGCAACUUGAAGAAAUGAUUUUCGAUGAUAUAGAAAAAGAUGAAAACGUUAAUACUAUACUGACUAACACGGGUCCAUGAAUGUGAAUACCUGUCCAGGGCAUAUUACAAUUAUUAUUAUUAUACUUAUUAAUUUCAUUAUUGACGCAUUAUUUUAUUAUUUACUGUCUACAUUUAUAAUUAGAUAUGUUAACUAGCUAUUUAUUGCAAAUUGUCAAGGAAAAAAAAAAGAAUUCUAUUGUGGUCUUGCUUUUUUCGAGGGUUGUACUAUAUACCUCCAAAAAAAUCAAUUGUAUUUUUGUUGGACAUGAUUUUAACAGUAUUCUUUUUUAUACGAAACUCGAUUAUUAGCAAGAAAAAAAAAGGAAUGAAAAUAAUAACAAUAGUUUAUCUUUGGUUCUUGUAUUUGUUUAGAACUGUGUGAAUGAAAUGAGCCAUUUUUUUUAUUUAUUUUUUUUUUUUUUUUUGUUUAAAGUCAGGUGAUGUCAGUGUUCACAAAAUGACUUUUCUCAGAAAGUCUUUUGGAUAUUGAAUCUUCGGAUUGGUACAAAAAAUUAAUUAAGUAAUAAAAAAAAAUUAUUUAAAACUACCUUCUCAUUCGUUGAGAACGUUAAAAAAAGAGUUUAAAAAAAAAUUUAUAGAAGAAAAUUUUUCCCACGUCACUCUGUUCUUUGAGAAGAUGUGUAAAACGUUUGCGAAAAGAAUGAUUAUAUAUUGUAUGGAUUAUGUCGAUUUUCUGAUUUAUUCAGAAAUAUAAUAUGAAAUAGCAAAAAAAAGCAGUCUAAACGUUUCAUUUAAUUUGUAUUUCUGUAAAAGUUUUCCGUUUAAAUUGCAAUUUUUAGACAAAAUAAUGAAAAAUCAAGGGAAAAAAAACGAUUUUUUUUAAUAAUAUUUUUAACGAAUUAGAAAAGAAAUUUCCAGGACAUUAAAUUAUGUCCUGCGUUUAAUUGAUUGCUGCUAGUUUUAAAUACAGUUUAAAAAUGAAAAAAAAUAUUCAUGCGAAGUAUAACACCACGUAUAUGUCAGAAAUACAAUGAUAAGAAACGUGAAAGUGAAACGUUGAAGGUGAAGAUAAAAAAAAAAAAAAUUAAAAAUUGUAUAUACCGUGACCUCGAAUUAAUGUCGCACAUUGUAUCUAAUUAUUAAUAAUAAUAAUAAUUUAAUAUAUUGCAAAUAUAUAUAUAUA